AUGUUAUAUUUUCUUUUUCCUCCUAUACUCCUUCAGCAACUCUUUUGUAAAAAGUUGCCACCUAGACAAGCUGCUGAAGCUCUAGAAUUGGAGUUCUGUGUCGCAUCUAAACCAGUAGCUCGGAAACAUAAGGAAUCCUAUCCUCACUCCUCGUCGCCGUUAGCACCUUCUUGUCUUUUGAUAAUAGACGAGCUGGACUUGCUCUGUUCUCGACGUCAAGACGUGCUCUACAGUCUUUUUGAUUGGCCGACGCGUCCGCGUGGUAGGCGAAGCCUUGUUUGCUUGGCGAUAGCAAAUACGAUGGACCUACCAGAGCGCAUGCUGCAUCAUCGCGUGGCCAGCCGUCUCGGUCUAACACGACUACCUUUUGUGCCGUACUCUCACGAACAACUUGCAAGCAUCGUAAGAGUCCGCCUAUUAGCAUCAAAGACUGCCAAUCUAUCGUUUCAGGUAAUAUUUUGA